CUAUGGUUGAUAUCGAAGUUCAACGAAAUGAAUUAACUAAUCAUGAAAAUGAUACCAAUAAUAACGGCAAUUAUAAUGUUUGCGAGGCAACGAUGAUAAUCGGUGAGGAAAAAAUUGGUUAUUGCAUUUAUGGUGUUGGAAAUAUAAAAAUCAUUUUUAUUUGUGGUGGAGUAGGCUGCUUCAGAAAAGAUUUCCCGGAGUUUUUGCUGAGAUACUUUGAUCCUUCAAUUUAUACAAUUUUUUGUAUCGAUCCACCCGGUUACGGUACAAGUAGGCCUCCUGACAGGAAACAGGAGAUUAAUCGAUGCUAUAAAGAUGCGGUAGUAUGCAAAGUACUUAUGGAAAAAUUGUGCACAGAAUCAUAUUUUGUACUUGGUUGGAGCGAAGGCACACGAACAGCGGUCCAUUUAGCAGAUCUUGCUCAAAAUCGAAUCCAUGGUUUGAUCCUUUUGGCACCAUCGACUAGAAUUGAUCGAAAAAUGGCAGAAAUUUUUCGAGGGCUCCGUGAUAUCGACCUUUGGAUUCCAGAAACUCUAAAUAUAUAUUUGGAACAUUAUUCUAAAGAAUUUGUUCGGAAACAAUGGGCUGAUUUAUUUUAUGAGGAAUUAGGCGGAAGAUUUCCGGCUGACUAUUUGUUACCCAAAAUUCAUAGAGCCGUACUCGUUUUAUCAGGAAGCCAGGACAAAAUUUGCAACAAUAAUAGUUAUUUUUCUACAACACUGUCUAACUGCAGAACUGACUGUCAUAUGCUUGCUGGUCAUGAUUUUUAUCUAAAAUAUCCAAAAUGGUUUGCGGAAAGAGUCCAAAAAUUUAUCUUCGAUGUACAAACGAGCUCGAAAUAA